CCAAAUCUCAAAGCCCAUGUCUAUUCAAAACUACGUCAAGUCCAGAGUCCCCAUCACGGACCUUUCCAACUACUCGCUAUCGCUCAACGAUAACAUCCCCACGUACAAUGCGCCGCUGCCCAGCGUGCCUCGCAUCAGCCUUCCCACGCUGCCCAAACUCUCCCUGCCAAAGCCCGAGCCACAGGCACCAAAAGUGCUGGCGCCUAAAAACCCGCCAAAGCCAUACUCCAAGUUCGACCUCCUUCUCCAGACAGCAGCAAUGCAUAGCGUCCACAGCGAAAAUCCCUCCGCAACACCUAAUUAUGUCUUAGCUCCGAAAACGACGCAUAUCUCGCCCAAACUGGAGAUUUCCAAUCUGGUCAUUCAAACAACGCCUCAGCAGAGACCCACGCCCGAGCUCACCUCCAUCAAGCUGGCAUCGCCUUCCACAGCGUCCAAAAGGCAACGGUCCGGCCCUUCGUGUGACUGCUGCCGCGCGCGCAAAAUCAAGUGCGACUCCGAAAUCUUUGUGCUCGCGGAGCUGCCGAAAAACAAGUCCUCAGCGGCCUCUACCGGUACCGGUUCGGAAAUUGCCAGCUGCAAGUUCCUGUACGAAGACGAGCACAGGUACCAAUAUUUCGAGAUCGAUACGUCGCAGUAUCAGAACCAGCGCUUCCACACCAAGCUGAGCCGGUUCAGGUACCUCAAAUUCAAACCGUGCUCCGCGUGCAGCUCGAAAAAGCUCGCGUGCUGUUUCUCCAAAGGGUUCACCAGAAACGACAUUAUAAAAUUCAACAAGUCCGAACGCAUGCACCAGACGCCCGAAAAGGACGAGCCCAAAGACGAAGUGUCGCUACCGAUCGUGAUGGGAUCAAAAUCAAAUGUAUCAAGCUCGAAGACAAGCCGUCGUCCGACUGUCUGA